ACCAUGUCACACGAAGAGAAACGCGCAAGAAAAUAAUCUGGGACAAAUUGUUCGCUGCAGGCCUACGUAGAUUAUCCGAACACGUUUCCUGCUAAAGUAGAAAGGAUCAAAUGGUUUUUGAAAAGAAGUCUUCGGCCCGUGUAGCGGAGGCAGGACAGAGGCGUGUGUUGGACGAUGCAACACGCCAGCGGAGGUUAAAUCGGCAGCUGGAUGCUCUAGAGAAGGACAACUUCCAGGAUGACCCUCUCUCUUCCCUGCCUCCCUCUGGUCCUACUGCCCGCCUGCCCGCCUUUAGCGAAGGAGAGGAACCCGGUAAGAAGAAGAGGAAAACUAGAGGUGAUCACUUCAAACAGAGAUUUCGCAAAAACUUCCAGACUCUACUAGAAGAAGAGAAUGUGUCUGAGAGGGAGGAGCCUAACUACCUGUCAGCUGCAGCCCCUCCCUCCUCGCUCCCCCCUCGUCUGUUCUGCUCCGUCUGUGGAUUUCCUUCCUCCUACACCUGUUGCUCCUGUGGGGGGCGCUAUUGUUCCACACGCUGUCUUAUCACGCACAGAGAGACCAGGUGUCUGAAGAUGACUCUGUAGCAGCUGAUCAGACUAUACCUGGUCAUGCUCACAAAAUGUGGAUGGUAAAUUCUUCUACCUGUAGCUGUAUAGAAUGUUACAACACAGGAACGGCGCUACGGAUAAUCACCGUGUACCAGAGAUGCUAUGGAGAGAACACUACCAGAGAAGUAAUGGAGAACGCUACUAGAAAGUUACAAACAUGCACACAGUGGCUCAGCACUCUGCGGUGUGAAGUCAGUGUUGUGGAGUAGGGUAGUGGUGCGUGGGUAAAAUCACUGGGGAAGCAAGAAAAAAAGCCAUAUUACAACCUAUGUGUUAUAAUUGCAUUGUUUGCUCUAUAACUUGCUAAUUCAUAUUACUUCACAAAUAGGUUUAUCACUCUGUCAUACAGUAUACACUUUUUAAUUUUUUUUUGUUGUCCUAGAUUACCAGGCUAAAACGCUUGCUCACUAGGUUAACAUCCAUUCAUGGGAAAUGUUAUCUAGUUAACAUUAGCCUUCUACAUCUAGCUACAUAUUGAAUUUCCAUCCUCUCUCGGGGAGAAUUAAGUAGAACCACAAGUCCAAAUCCAUAUCUCCAUCUAUGGCUAAUUUAAGAAAAGGGACAACUUUAGCUAGCUAGCCACCGGAGGACAACAACACAACGAGAUGCAACAAUUCAAUUUGUUUCUGUCAAUGACUAAUGCUUUCAUUGUGUUUGAUAGGAGUGAUUCCAAAAUCCAAGCUGGCUUCCCUUGACCCUUUUUUUUUUUUUGGCAGACCAGGACCAUUCACAGUUGAGCUUGUUCAAUUUAGCUCAAUGUUGACUGGCUAAUUGUUUAUACUUUUUUUAUCAAGAGGCCAGAUGCUCAUUGGCUUCCCUUGCAUUCCGUUCAAUGCUACGGGCUGCAGCAAUGGACCAGACAGCAUCAGAUAGAUGGCCUACACGUGUAGAGACAGAGGGGCGCUGUUUCGCUUGCCCGGAAGCUUUCUCCGUGCAUUCCGCCUCAUGCAAAUUGAAAAACAGACACAAAAGAUAAAAAGGUUUUAUUUUUUUAUUUUUUUAGUUGGUCAAUUUAUGGGGGAAGCUUGGCAUCCAUGAAUACACGCCACUGGCCUGAAGGGGGCAGAGACAGGGCAGGAGUAAGGGAGGGGUUUGUGUCGUAUGGGGGAGGUCUGACUAUCUUUGUCUGUGACUUGCUGUAAUGAUUUAAUUAAACAUGUCUGAUUAUGA